ACUAAUCUGGCGAAGCCACUGGCUGACAUGUUAAGGACAAAACCUGAUAAACCAGAGCCGUGUUAUUGGAUUUGGAGAAAGUACAACAAUAAGCAGUUUCCGCAAGUCAGGAAUCUAGACAUCCUCUCCCCCACCAUUUCCCCUUCCCACCUCCUUCAUUAUAAAGCAGCACUCUAGACAGGAGGUCACUCAUUCCCGUUUGCCUGCAUUUGUGCUUUUUCUCCAGCAUCUGCGGUGGACCUGAGCACACCAUGAUUUUGGGGGUGCUCUUGGCCGUGGUUGGACUCAGCGGGGUCACAACUGGGAGCCCCAUUGUGACCGUCCCGCCUAACGCUGCAUCAGAGAAUUCUGAGAAGCCAACUGCAGUGGUUGUAGUCGAGGAGGCAAGAGAGGAGGUGAUGGAGACCGGAGAGCUCAACCCGAAUCACUACCCUGCUCAGAGGGCAGCCAAGGUGGUCCAGCAUUACCUGAAUACCCUACACGGCUCACCAUACAAAGUCUUUGGACUGCAGAAGGUCUUUCGGGCCUAUGCAGAGGAUGUGCCUGGCUCUGGGAGAAAAUAUCAGCUAGAGCUCUCUGUGCAGGAGAUGGUUAAGAAAACCACAGCAAACUGCGAGGCGGAGGUUAUAUUCCCUCGCAAGGAGGACCACCCUCCACUGCAGGUCCAUGUUUCAUCACACGAUGACCUCUUGAACAACAACGUGAGCCUUCAAGAAGAGACCUUAUUAUACCAGCAAUACAAAAGGAACCACAGCCUGCUAUUCGCACAAAACCUACCCGACAGUAACGGUCACAUUGAGCCUGAGCACAUUCCUUUCUGGCACCUUGGCGCCGUAGCGUCCAGCUUUGUCAUGCUCAGCGAAUCCACUGAAGACACUUUGUACAACAUGGCUCAAGUAGCCAACAUCACGCAGCUGGCAAGUAAUGACGACCCACUGAAGUUUGAAUAUGACGUAUUGCUGCAUGAAAUGGUGUCACAGGAGAUAAUUGCGUGGAAGAUGCUGGUCACCUGGUCUCCUUCAGAGGGAGUUAAAGUCCUGAAGAUGGAGAAGCGAGAAUACUCUGUAACUAACCUAAAAACUACACUCUUGUAAAAGGCACGUUAAUCCUCCAACUUGAGUAAUGGAGUGAGGCUGGGAGUACUAAGCAACGUUAACAAAUACAGUACAUAUUAAAAAAAAAAAAAAAUCAAUCCAAAAA